CCCGGCCCGGCCCUUCCCACCCCUCUCCCGGCGCUCCCGCCCCCGCCGCCGCCGCGGCCGAGCUCGGUGUCCCACGGCAGCCCGGAGCGGCAGCGGGGCGGUGGCGGCUCUGUGCGCCAGGGCCCGGCAUGGCACCGCGCCGCCCUUUGCGCGGGGACCGUUGGCCAUAGGUGCGGCGGGCUGCCCCGGUAGGUGCGGCGCCGUCCGGGGCCGUGCGGGCCCCCGAGGGCCGUGCGGGGCGGGGAUCCGCGACAGAGGGGCCCGGAGGGGGCCAGUUGACCAGUGGAUGAGAAAGCAUCGUUUUCCCGCUUUGCUGCAACGUCCCAACCCUCCCUGAUCUUGCAAAAGCGGAUGUCUGACCAUCCUGUAGGCAUGGCUCACUUGAGAGAAUUUGCCAGCCAGCACUCCAGGGUGGAUCCUGAGGAGCUGUUCACCAAGCUGGAGCGGAUCGGCAAAGGAUCCUUUGGUGAAGUGUAUAAAGGGAUCGACAACCGCACCAAGGAGGUGGUUGCUAUUAAGAUCAUUGAUCUGGAGGAGGCUGAGGAUGAAAUUGAGGACAUUCAGCAGGAGAUUACGGUGCUCAGCCAGUGUGAUAGCCCCUACAUCACCCGGUACUAUGGAUCCUACUUGAAGGGCACUAAGCUGUGGAUAAUCAUGGAAUACCUGGGAGGAGGUUCAGCCCUGGAUUUGCUGAAGCCAGGACCCCUGGAGGAGACUUACAUAGCUACUAUCCUGAGAGAAAUCCUAAAGGGUUUGGAUUAUCUACACUCUGAGAGGAAGAUCCACAGGGACAUCAAAGCUGCCAACGUGCUGCUUUCGGAACAAGGAGAUGUGAAACUGGCUGACUUUGGGGUGGCCGGACAGUUGACAGACACACAAAUCAAGAGAAACACCUUUGUCGGGACUCCAUUCUGGAUGGCACCAGAGGUCAUCAAACAGUCUGCUUAUGACUUCAAGGCAGACAUCUGGUCCCUUGGAAUUACAGCCAUUGAACUGGCAAAGGGAGAGCCUCCAAAUUCUGACUUGCAUCCUAUGAGGGUUCUCUUCCUGAUCCCCAAAAAUAACCCUCCGACACUGGAGGGUCACCACAGCAAGCCCUUCAAGGAGUUUGUGGAAGCCUGCCUCAAUAAGGAUCCUAGAUUUAGGCCAACAGCUAAAGAGUUGCUAAAGCACAAGUUCAUCACACGCUACACCAAGAAAACCUCAUUCCUGAUGGAGCUGAUAGAUCGGUUCAAGCGCUGGAAGUCGGAGGGCCACGGAGAAGAUUCCAGUUCUGGCGAUUCUGAUAUUGAUGGAGACACAGAGGAUGGAGACCAGGGUCCAAUCUGGACAUUCCCACCAACUAUUCGCCCCAACUCCCUGAGCAAGCUGCACAAAGGAAUGGCUCUCCAUGGUUCCCAGAAGCCUACUGAGCCCAUCAAGAGGCAACCACGGUCACAGUGUCUCUCCACGCUUGUUCACCCAGUUUUUGGGGAGCUUAAAGAUAAGCACAAGCAGACAGGAGGUAAUGUGGGAGCCAUGGAGGAGCUGGAGAACGCCUUCAGCUUGGCUGAGGAGUCCUGCCCAGGCAUCUCUGACAAACUGAUAGCACACAUGGUGGAGCGGGUACAAAGGUUUUCACACAGUCGGAACCACCUGACCUCUGCCCGCUGACGCCCACCUGCCCUGCUGCUGUUUUGAGGGGGGAAGGAUUUUUUUUCCAGCUUCAUAAGAACUACAUCUCUAAUCCAGACCACCAUCUGUUGUUGGAUGUAACGUUGUGUUACGGACUCCAGGACAUUUCAGAGCCUUCAUACUACACGUUUCCAUGAUAACCCAGGGUGGGAUUUGCAAUGCAAGUACAAUUUAGACCUUUUGCGGAACCCAAGAUGGGUGGUCUAAUUGUUUUUACAAUGUAAUCAAUGCAGUUUUUAAUUGUUUCCCUAUGGAUGUGUCCAUUUUGGCUUGGUUUGAUUCACAGCUUGUUACUGGUAAAUGCCUGGCUGCUGGAAAAGAGAGAGAUUCUCUUCCACUGAGAUACAUUUCAAAGGCGAGUGUGAUGGGUUUAGCCUCCUGCCCUGCCUAAAGCAGUGUUUGUGAGCAGUCAUGUGUGCGUGCAGGUAUGUUUGGAAGCUCUCCGUGCAUUACAGCCUCGGGGAAAGUUAGAGCAGCUCUCUGAUUGUUCUGGAGGAUUGCUUCAACUCCUUCACACACUGGUAACGAACCGCUUUCCAGUAUAGCGGCAGCUGCUGCUGCUCUUUCCCAGCUUGUCGUUUCACAGGAGGAUGGGUUUGCUGACUGUACUUUUUUGUGGCUCUGGGACAUCGUUUCGGAUUAGGCCUCGGUUCAUCUAAUGCAGGCAACAGCAGGACUGCCGUGGGGCUCCAGGGACUGGAAGGGAGCGUGGUUACAGUCGGUUUGGGAGCUGGUGGAGUACCGGUCCUUGCUGCAGCUGAAGCAACUAGAUAGACAGGUUUGGCAGUUCUGGUCUCUGAGUAGACACCUACUGUGUGUGCCCAAAUGUUGCAGGAGGAUUAAAAAAGAGGGCCGGCGGGGGGGGGGAACACAGCAGCCAAAGGUGCUGACAGGGCUUCAGUUCAAGACAGAUCGAUGUGUGGCGGUUCUUAAGGCAAGAAACGCGUCCUCUGCAGAGGGGUACGAACUGGAUGGAGGCUAGCAGCGCUGGCUGGUGUCCCUGUGCUGUGGCUGGGGGCUCACAGAAGCCUCUCUGGGGCCCAUCCCCUUCUUCUCAGCUUUCCCUUUCUGGCUCCUCUUUCAGCCUGGGAUCUAAACUCGCUGAAGCCAGGGCUCUGCUCCAAUUGACAAGCUGUGGUGGUAAAUUAAAGUGUCUGCUGCCACAUUGGCUGCUUAAGAUAUUCCAGUGGAGCCAUCCCCAACUAACUUUGCUUUCUGUAUACUACUAGUUUAUAAAGCAAAUCUUUAAUUCUGGUAAAUGCACAGAUCUUAAACCUGUACUUUAGACAUAGGGAAGUAACUUCUGACAGCUGGUUGCUUAGAGAUCUGUUCUCUAAUUGUAAAGAUAUUUCUAUGAAGUCAGCAAGACCUCAGAUAUCCAGAGCUUUCUGUCUGGGUGUUUGUGUGUGAAUGAUGUGGCUCGCCCCAAAGCCACUGAGAACAAAAGCUGAGGCUGUUCAGCAAUUUUUUUUAUUUUUUUUUUUAAAGAUAGGCCACUUUGUUAGUAACAAGGCUGAUUUUUGGUACUUUGAUUCAGACCUGCAGAUUGUUGUGCUGGGCUAAAAGUAGCUCCAAAGGCCCGUACGUUCCCUUCUCCCAGUGUUCACUUUAGCUUAUGCUGAUCCUUUGCUCUUCCUCUCUGAUGGAUAAACACAGGCUCAGCAAACACUAUGAACUUGUCCAGUCGAGACGACAUGCUGCUGGUUGAUCGUGCUGGAGAUCUGCUGCCGAGUGGUGGCUGAGAGCCAUCUCAGAGCCUGCAUUUAUGAAGAGCAGAAUAAACCACCCCCCACCCCCCACCCCCCCCCCGAAAAGGAGUUAAUGUGUAGACAGGAAACUUAGGGGGAAGGCAGAGGCUGCAGCCCAGCAGAGAGGUGGCUGAAGGGCUCCUGCUGCUUUUAAAGUUGCUGUUCAUGACAGUAGCAAAUCGUGUCGAUAAGGUACCUUGUAGUAUUACUCACAUGCACCGCAGUGUAAUGAGUAAACUUUUUAAAGAAAACAAUCCCCACAAACUCUGUCCAGUAUUCAAAGCAACAAAGGUUUUAGUUUUUAAAAACGUUGAAAGGGAUCUGCCACUUUCAAUAAAGUAACAAAACAAA